AGUAUCAUUCGAUGCUUGCGCACGAACUAUCCAACUUAUUUACCUCUUAUGUAAUAUCCAAAUGUCAUAUCGUGAUGCGGUAGAGUAUUAUGUGCACAUAACUCUACAGAAUAAACAGUUCUCUAUCGCAAAGACGUGAGCGAUAUAAGAGCGUUUGAGUAUAUCCAAUGUAAUAAGUAUGCUCGGAAGGAUUGUCGUAUGUCCCAGUAUGACAUCGAUAAGACCAACCCCUAACCGAUGGAAAGAUUCCGACUUAGAGAUUAUCAAGGCGUGAAAUAACUAUGCUUCACAUUUCUUAUUGGCUGGCUACCCCUAAUACGGCCGACCAACUUGUCCGGGAUGCGGUGAUCUGACAUAGAAAACCUUCCGAUACGACCGGCCAUCAUUUACGAAACCUUCCGAACGGAGCCUCGACCGCUCCGAUGAGUAUCCAAACCUUCCGAUUCAGAAGCGCUGAAUAUUUUCUUCCUCUGAACAUCCCUCCGUAUCUCAUUCUUUAAAAGACAUCGUGGCAACUAUCCGCUGUAGUCGCAGAGAUGGAUAUCACCGACAGCGGGACGGUUGGAAGCCCCCUAAAUCAGAAUGCAAACCGACCCGGUCGCAUCGGCCGACUUGAAUCGAGAGACACCCUCUCCAGAUAUCUUAAAUAGCGGCGCUGGUGUGCGGAAUCCCAACGACACCGACGCCUUUGAUGAGAAGCCGCAAAGAGGCUUUCGGUUCUGGGCCAUCAUUAUCGCGCUCUGUACGGUCUCUUUGCUCUCUGCUGCUGAGAAUACUGUCGUCGUCACUGCCCUACCUACGAUCGUCGAGAAGCUUAAUAUAGGCCAGGAUUACGUGUGGAUUAGCAAUGUCUUCUUCUUAACUAGCGCGGCUACCCAGCCUCUAUGUGGGCAAUUAUCCAACCUCUUCGGGCGACGUCACUUAGCUCUGUCUAUUGUCGCUGUCUAUAUCAUAGGCAGCGGAAUAUGCGGUGGUGCGAGAAACUCAGCUAUGUUAAUAUCCGGAAGAGCAAUCCAGGGCAUGGGCUCAGGCGCUAUUAACAUGAUCAUCGAUGUCAUCGUAUCAGAUCUCGUCCCAUUAAGGCAGCGCGGCAAUUUCAUCGCAAUAAUCAUAGCCAUAUACGGCAUCGGGACGACUCUAGGGCCAUUCCUAGGCGGUGUUAUCGUCGAAAACACAUCGUGGAGAUGGGUGUUUUAUAUAAACUUGCCUAUUGGCGGUUUGGCAUUCAUACUCCUAUUUUUAUUCCUCCGCGUCAAAUGGGAUAGGUCUACGACAGCCUACGAGAAGAUGCGGCAAAUCGACUAUAUCGGCAACGGAAUCCUAAUUGCAUCUACGGUGUCUAUUCUGAUCGCUCUGACCUGGGCGGACGUGUUAUAUCCUUGGAAGUCAUGGCACAUCCUGGUAUCCCUGAUGGUUGGGGUUGGCGGCCUUGUGCUGUUCGUGGUUUUUGAAGGCUUGCCCUUCGUAGCCGAGCCAGUCAUGCCUCUUCGGUUAUUUAGCAACCGUACUGCUGUCAUCGUAUAUGUUAUCUCCUUUUUGAACUCGGCUGAGAAUUACUGGCAGUUCUUUUUCAUUCCGCUCUACUUCCAAGGCGUUCGAUUAUCCUCGCCGUCGCAGUCUGGCGUGGAAUUGCUAGUAUACAGUCUCGUGGGGAUACCAGGGGCUGCUAUUGCACUACUGAUGCUGUCUAGAUGGGGUAGAUAUAAGAUUAUUCAUAUUAUCGGCUCUGCUAUGUUCACCCUUGGGAUCGGCCUCCUCAGCAUCAUGGACCAAAACACUAGCACGGCGGCUUGGAUCUGGAUCAACAUAGUAACGGCACUGGGGACUAGCAUGCUCACGAAUACGUUACUCCCUGCUUUUCAAGCCUCGCUCAAAGAAGCGGACCAGGCGGCUGCUACGGCAAGCUGGAAUUUUAUCCGAAGCUUCGGUAAUGUAUGGGGCGUGGCAAUCGCGGCGGCCAUCUUCAACAGCUUUACCGCAUCGUACGCGCCAAUGGUCGAAGACCCUAGAGCCAGAGCGCUGUUGAUGUCGGGUAACUCGUAUGCAAGCGCGACAAAGGCAUCCGUGGAAUCGUUCGAGGAACCUGUGAGGCAGCAAAUCAGGACUGUCUUCACGCUGUCCCUUCAGAAGGUGUUCCUGAUUGGAGUGCCGCUCUCAGGGUUUGUCUUUCUCUCGGUUAUCUUUGAAAAGGAAAUCAAGUUGAGAACAGAGUUGAAGACUGAGUUUGGUCUCGAAGAGCGAGAGACCACUGAAUAAUAAUCAAUUUGGAUUGAAUACCGAGAU